AAGCUUUCUUUCGAAAGGAAAUCGCCCUUUUUUCUUUGCAUUGUCUGUCGCUAGUUAGUUAUAUUACAUGAUCAAUCUAUCUUCCCUUUAUUCACGCCGCAUUCACUACUUCCAUCACUACACUUCCCAAUCAACAAGAUUCCUUCUUCUUCUUGGUCUUCUUCUUCCCCAUUUCUUCACCAUCUCCCAUUUUUCUAUUACCCUCUCUCCCUAGACUUGGAGAAAUGUCUGAGCUGUGCAGCUCCAAGUGUCAUUUUUCUAGUCUGAUCAUCUCUGACUUGAUCCUCCUCUGCUCCUUCAUUCUCUCUCAUCCCCUCUACUUCUCCUACUUCAUCUUCUUCUCCCCUUACCUCUUCACCCUCAUCUCCUUUCUCUCUCCUCUCUUCCUCACCACUUCCCUCCUCUUCCUCGCCUUCCUCGUCCACACCCAAACCCGCUUCACUUCCAUCCUUGAAAGCUUGCAGUUCAAUAAAUUAGAUCAUCCCAAUGAAGAAGAGCCCCAGCGCUACGACGACCUCGGAAUCUACGAUAUCCUCUUCUGCCCUCCUUCAAUGGCGGCGGUGACAGAAGAAACCCCAUCCCCAUCCCAAAUCUCCGACCAAACCCCCCCAAAAGAUCAAAUUUUGGAGCUGAAUUCGUUGCCGGGCCCGGACGAGGAAGCUCCCAUCGCCGUCACCGGAAAAUUCGAGGAUUCCGGCGAAGAAAAGGUGUCCGAAACUCCUCCUUGCGGCGGCGUCGUGAUGGAGGAGAAGAGGCUGGAGAAUUUCUUGAAGAUUCUCGACGAGUUCGAGCGAUUGGCAUCGAAUGCUGAAGAGAAGAAGCAGCCACUGCCACGCAGCGCGAAAUCCGAUAAAGCCGUGGAAAAGCAGAAGUCACUGUUCGUCAAUGGAUCCGAGGCAGCAGCAUGUGUUAAUAAUAAUAGUAAUAGAAUUGGUUCGAAAUCGCAGUCUCAUGAUCAACAGUCUCUCUCUAGCUACGGGUCGAUGAGGAGAGAGAGAGAGUGGAAGAGGACGCUGGCGUGCAAGCUGUUCGAGGAUAGGCACAACGGCGGCGGCGGAGAAGGGAUGGACUCGCUGUGGGAGGCGUACGAGGUGGAGUCGAGCAAGACAAGUAGGAAGAGAGAGAAGAUAGAAGUGGAGAUGGAGGAAGACGAUGAGGUUGGAGGGAAUCUCUGCUGCUUGCAGGCGCUCAAGAUGUCGGCGGGGAAGAUGAAUCUCGGCGUCGGAAGGCCUAAUCUUCUCAAGAUUUCAAAGGCUAUCAAAGGGAUCGGAUGGUUGCAUAGUCGUACCAAAAAUAGCAAGAAGGUGCAUAACAAUGGUGAUCAUAGAUAUUAGAUACUACUCCUUUUUUGUCUCUUCAUUCUCUACUCUUUGUGUUUCUUUAAAUUUGCUUUAACUGGUAAAUAUAUUUUCUAGUAGGUGUUUGUGUUUUCUUCAUCUUCCUUUUAUAAUUUUUUUUUAAUGAUUUUAAGGUUACCAAAUAAUGUACUCCAAUAUAUCUCUAUCUCGUUUAGUUUCUGUG